AUGAGUGUAGCCUCUUCGCCCUCACCCGCUCUCGGUGUGGGCGCCAAGGGUCCGCUACACUUCCAGCACGCCUCGACGGCGUACGCAGCGCUCAUGGCCAGCGAUGAAGCGUCGGCCCCGACGAGCGCACUGUCGAUGCGGCACCUGGCGCCGCUACAGCCAUUCGUGUUUGCCACCGUCAAGACGCUGCCAAUGACUCAGCUGCUGAAGAUGAGGCGACAGUGGCUGCCGCACCGCCAGCGCUUUGCCGUGCACCAGAAGCGCAUGGGCCUUCUUGACGCCGUGUUGAACCACGCCCUCGUCGCUCUCGUUGGCCCGGCUGGAAGCGGUCGCACGCUGCAGGUGCCUAUCGUGCUCUCCGAGACGGAAGUGUUCAAGCGGCGGCGGCUCAUUGUUGUGAGUGCCAAUGCGGCGGCGGCGCGGCUCACGACGCUGCGUCUGCGUGAGGAGCGCGGCGAGGACGUGCAGAACUCCCGCACGGUCGCCGCAGCCGUGCCGAACCAUAACGAAACCACUGAGAGCACCAGCGUCGUAGUCACCACCGCUGAGGUGAUGCUGCGGCAGCUGCUGUGUGACCCGUGCCUUGAGGGCGUGGGAUGUGUCGUCUUCGACGACGCUCAUCUGCGCAACGAGUCAACAGAGCUGUGUCUCUCACUGCUGCGCGAUCUGUUAGCGGUGCAGCAGCAGUGGGAGCACCAGCGCGGUGCGGCGGCCGGCUCGGCAUCGAAUGGAGCGGCGGCCGGCCCCGAUGCAGACACGGCGCAGGGCCUCGAUGCGGCACGGAGGCGCAAGCUGCACGUCGUCUUGAAUUGCCCUGAUGAGGCGUGUGCGACGACUCUUCUGUCCUUCCUCGCGCCGUCGCGGUGCACGGCGACCACCUUCGUGUUGCAGGCGGCCCCGUCGCUUGUGACGGCCACCACCACCUUGUACUUGGAGGAGGCGGUGCAGUGGCUGCUCAAGAGCGAGAAGGAGGGAAGCUGCCUGAUCAGCGAUAGCGCUACAAUGGAGGCGGCGCUGGUGUCGUAUGCUGAAAAUGUGGAUGCGGUGGCGCGCAUCAUGGCCGCCGGUGACGCGGACUUUGCCCAUCCAGCUGCCUUCCGGCGCUACUGGCUGCCGCUGAUUCAGCAAUGCGUGGAUGAGUUUGACAAGGCGGACCGCCACACGGCCGGUGCGACCGCUGCGCAGGGCCUGUCGCCGCUCUCAGCGAUCCUCAUUGUGGCGCCCAACAACCACUACGUCCGCGUCAUCGCCAAUGCUCUGCGGGAGGUGCAGCAAACAUUAGCAGAGGGCGAUGCAGCGGCGUCACGGGUGUGCACCACCCUCGCUGACGACUCGCCCUUGUCGGCGUUUAUGACCGUCGCGCAGCGCACUGCCGUGAGGGACGCGCACCAGCGCUGGGUUAUUGUCGCGACGGUUGAACUCAGCCAGUCAGUGCUGCCAUCCAGCUUGGAUGUUGGUCUGGUCGUGGACUGUGCACGCAACGGCUACACGGCAGUGGACACGACCACCAUGGCAGACACCGUGGUGAUCGAGUACAGCACCAUCACACAGCUGCGCCAUCGACGGAAGUUGGCCAAGAUGACAGCAGUGGCGUCCUCGGCUGCUGGAGGCGACGGUAGCACUGCCGCCUCGCCAGUGGUGAUUCAGUUGAUCCCCAAGUCAGUCCUGCAUGGAGCGCACCACCGCCGUCUCAGUGCUGACCCCACGCAGCAUAUUAUUUUCCGUCUCCCCUUUAGUCGCUACGUGCACGUGUAUCAGGUGUUGCAGGCGCGUGAGGAGGCGGCUGUGUCGCAGCGAGCGCUCUUCUCACUCUCUGCUACUGGAGUUGGUAACAUGAGCGGUGUUGGUAGUGGGCCCUCGAUAGCCAGCAAAGUUUCCGCUCUUCUUGCAUCGCAGCUCAUUGGCGUGCCCUCUGCGACGGCAACGCGGUACGACGCGGUGAGGCGCAUCAUGACCUCAGUGGAGUUGUACCUGCGCGCCGCAGGGCACCUUGCCGUCGACCACACCGCCGGCUCUCCCGUGAUGGGUCAGCUUGUGCUGCAGCCAAUUGCUGUGCUUUGCCUGUGCCUGCCUGUACCUCUGCAAGUGGGACGACUCCUUAUCGCUGGCAGCCUGCUGCGCCCCUCUCUGGCGGCCGUCACGGCGGUGGGUGCGCUGUGGUGCUGCAGCGAUCUGCUGUCCUUGCAGGGCGCUGGUGCCGUGCGUGCGGCGGACGUGUCGGAUGCGGCACGCGAAGCUGUCGAGGAACAGGCGGCGCUCUUGACAGAGGCGCGGCUGUUCUUUUCACGUGACUCGCUGAGCGAUGUCGUCAGCGCCUUCAAUGUGUACCAGAUGUGGUGCUCCGCCAAGGGUAAGCCAGAGGUGGAGCGCGACUUCUUGGAGGAGUGCGGCGUCGCAGGCGAGGUCCUGCAGGCAGUCUUCGACACCCAGGUGCAGCUCUGCAUACUGAUGCGAACCUAUGGACUGUUGUUGCACCCUGGAGACGAGGGUGAGAGCAGUCGCGCCGGCGCUGUAGAGUCAGAGGCAGAGAGGACCCUGCGGGUGUGCGUGGAAUCCAUACAGCAGAGCACGUCCGACAGCGCGGCGCAGGUGUCGAGCGCGCUCGCUAAUGCGAUGGCGGCCCUGCCUGUGGAGGUGGCGACGAAUCGCUCCCUCCACGCGUGCGUGACGGCCGCACUGUACCCGAGCUGCGUGGUGCCGACGGGCGAGCACGGGGUCGGCCUUGUGUACGAUGGCGUUUCCACCUCUAGCAUCGGCGGUGCCGCUGGUGUCGCUGAGUCAUCGGGUAGCGGGCCUCAGGCUGCUGGUACCGGUCGCCGAGUGGCCACUUUCAGCACCAACUGUGUUCUCGCCGAUGCGACGCAGUGUGCCAAUGCAGCUGGCAGGCCGUUUCUCUUUCUCGCCAAGUCGAUCGCCGACGCGGCGACGCGUGAGGCAGCUGGGAUCGGCACCUCAUCCACCGUUGCCGCCACCGUUGUGGAGCAGGUCGACCCCUUGCACGAAGCAGCAGCCGUGGUCUUCUGCGGCAACAUCUACGAGCGCCCCCGCAAAGCACCGACACGUUGCCGUGGAUGGUCGUCGGUGCUGACGAACCGGUGGCGCGAGACUCGACGCGCUCGAGCGUUGCCACCGGUUUCGCAGCUGCCCCUGACGUGCAUUUCGGUGCAGUCGUAUGACACAGUGCACUGCAACCACGUUAUCUGCUCCAUGGAUCAGUGCCUCUCCUUCACGUUGCGGGCGACGACAGCAAAGUGGCUGCAGCUGCUGCGCACCCACGUCGGCGUGCAUCUCGCUGCGCUGACCCGUGGAGUUUCCACGCCGAAGGAUGCCGGGUCACCGACGAAGGCGUCGUCCGCGCUGGCGACUGAGGUGGCGCAAGCGUGGGGAUGGUGGGAGCGUCGUCAUCAGCAGGGCCGUGAUUGGCUACGUGAAGAGCGGGUGGUUGCGGCCCAUCAGCAGCAGCAAAAAGACGACGCAACGGCGGUCGGCCAUGACGAACAACCGCAGCGGGCAAUGGCGGCGGCGGCCAAGGUUGCGGCGCUGCGGCAGCGUCUCUUCGCCUACUACGAGUGGCAGAUUCGACCCGGCGCCCCGGCCGCCGUCGUCGUCCCAUCCAAUGCAGAGCGGCAAGCGUUUGCCAAGAGCGCUGCAGCAGCGGCGGCGGCGGCGAAGGGGAACAACGAGAUCGACAAUGGUGACGCUGGCAACGCUGCGGGAGACGACGACGACAUCGCCGCGGAGGGCGCUGAUGGGGUGCAGGCCGCGUACUCGGGCAAGGUGCCGCCGGCUGACAUCGACCACAUCUUCCGUCUGUGCGUCAAGAGUGUAGCCACCAAGGGCACACGCGAGGCCGAGGCACAGCUGCUGCGCGACAACCCGGACAUGUUCGCCUUCCUGAACCCUGAAGACGAGUUCCACGAGUACUACCUGUACUUGCUGCGGCAAGCGGCGCCGAACAUGGAGGUGCUCGGUGACAAUUUGGAAGAACUCAUUACCUUCCUUGAGUGCCUCGAGGCGGAGCUGCGCGAGGAGCUGGGAUUGCCGGACCCGAACGCGGCGACCCAGCAGAACGCCGAGGGAAUCCUAAGCGGGCAAGACAACGGCGAAGGCACCGCAUACGGCACAGGUGCAGCCGACAUGUGGGGAAGCGGCGGCAGUGGCGAUGCGAAUGGGCAGUGGAACUCCAGCCCAUUUGGCGGAGGCUACGCAGUGCAUGACGUUCUUGUCGGAGAGGGUGACGUGGACGGCUACGGUGACGGUGACAACGAUGGAUUGCAGCUCGAGUCUGCCGCGAUCAACCUCAAGAAGAGCGCUGGUCCAACGCUGGCGGAGAAGAUCGAGGAGGCGAAGCGAGCGCAAGCCAACGCAGCACCUACGGCGGUCAAGUCGGCUGAUGUGGUACCUCCCAUAAUGAUCGCUUCCCCGGCAGCGCCAGUGCAGAUGACCGUCCCCGCGGUGCUGUCCUCAGCGAGCAGCAAUACACCCUUCGUGUCCACCAACGCAGGUGAGACUCUCGCCGACAAACUUCGGGCAAUGCAGAUGGCCGCCAUGGGCGGAUCCCCCAACUGUGUCAACGACCUCGGGCAACUGCAGUUUUCGGCGCAGUCGAACUCUGAUCCGACGAGCGUACAACAAGAGUCUGCGGCGCCGUGUGGCGUGCUACCACCGCCACCUACGGCAGCAGACUUGCUCGCUGUCAUCAACGGUGGUGACACCUCGGAUACGGCGCCACCACAGUCGUCCCUCGGCAUCAGUUUCCAACAAGCUCCUCCAACAGCCGAGGAGCUAAUGGCCUUGCUGGGACCAGCGCUUCCCGCUGCGGCAGCCACCGACCCCUUCCCAGCCGGCAGCAGUCUCGGUAGCAUUCUUGGCAGUGCGUCAACCCCAUCUGCGACGAUGGCGGCGAUGAUGAUGGGAAUCCCGACGACGCCUCUGCAUCGGCCUCCGCCGGCCAUCCCUGCCAAGGCAAUCGAGGAGCGUCCGCCAUCCGUACUGGUGUACCCGGUACCGGACACCCGCAAGCAUGGUAACGUGCGCCUGCUCCUGGCCAAGAGCCUCAGCGAAUCGCUCAACAUGCGCGUUGGCCCGACCACUGUCGUCGGUCACGUGGCACGCAUUGAUGUCCCCAACCGCAACGUGGAGGCGCGGGCCCUGGCUUUGAAGAAAUUCGUCUGUGGUGACACCAAAAUCACGGUGCACCUCUUCAAGAACGACCGCAUCAUCGACGACCCAGAGCUCCAGGAGCGCGAGCGUCGCAAGCGACGCGAAGAGAUGCGGCAGCAAGAAGCAGAGCGGCACGUGAGGCAGCGCCGUCGAACCGCGGCCCCCGCCAGUGGCGACGCAUCAGGCCGUGCCAACGCUUCUCGGCGCGCAGGUGGCGCUGACGCUGCUCUCAUUGGAAGCGCAGCAUUCGACCCCACGUGCCCAGACGCUUUGAACGAGCCGAGCGUUUACAACGCUGCCGCUCCUGUGCCAACAAUGGUUCUCCGCGCGGCUAAGGCAGCGCAAAUGAAGAUCGGUGUCCUCUCAUCGUCGGAGGAUGACGAUGGCGAUGAUGUGAGCAGCAGCGCCAACUCGUCGUCCUCUUCCUCUUCAGAGUAG